GGGUUGUGUGGCAAGACAACUGUCUGCUUUCUCUUGCAGUGUUCUUGCUUGAGCUCAUUUUUUGGCUGUGUGAGGAGAGCUACAGUAGCUUUAAACAGCCGAUUGCUUCCCAGAACACUGUCGAGCGGUAAAGUGAUCCAUGCCAGAUACACAGUCUCUGUACGAGCCGUGCUGCCUGUGUGGAGGUGUGGGAAGUUGGGCAUCUGGGAAGCAAUACCAGUAACCAUCUGUGGAUUCAGCUCCUGUUUCAGUCAGCCCCGCAUGGGACAGACCUGGAGGGGCAGAUCUCACCCUCCCCAAGCUCCCGUGGAAGGAGUUAAUGGCAAAGCUGUCGAGCAGGGAGCUUUUAUUUUGAUUCGGUGCUCCACUGUGAAGUUCCUGUUUCCAGUCUUUCUGUGCUGAGUUCUUGCAACAGCUGGAAAUCAGAAUGAAUACAGAACAUGAAACACAACUGUACCCUCUUUUAUCUCUGAUUGCUAGUCUCCUUCCUAGCCUAAAUCCCUGAAACAGCUGUAGAAUGAUUUUCAAGUCCAUCUAUUUCAAGUGAAAUAUGUUCAAGUUAUUCUGCCUUCACACCCACUCCCUCAUGUUGGUGAAUUUUGACUUCCAUGUUGGUGGUACCAUCAUCUGUAAUGGUAUCUAGAAAGAGAUCUCUCUUUUUUUGCCAUGUCAUCUGAAAGCCACCAGCUCCACACCCAUUCCUACCAGGACUCACUAAGCUCUACUUGUCACAGUCUCUUGAAUGUCAACAGCCACCCCCUAUCCAAGAGCUCCUCAAAUCUGGCCUCUCUUGGGCACUCAAGGAGUUUAGAGGAAAGGCAAAACAAACAGGAGUUGAAGAAAAGCCAUAGCAGCACCAUCUGCCGUAUCCUGGAAAACAGGAGUGAAGCAGGGAGUGAUGCAGGGAGUCCCGGAUGGUCCUCCUCUCAGCCUGGGGUGAUGGGACUUGGAUCAGAGGUCCAGAGCAUAAAUAAAAACCCGUCAGCCAAUGACCAUUCAGAGGGCAGAACUAAGACUACAAACCAUGUUCUUGUCACUGAACAGGUCUCAGCAUCCUGGGAAGCUGGGGACGCUAAGAUGUGUGUUAAGAGCAGCACUGCUGAGAAUGUUUCUUCAGCCUGCUUUGUUCACCAGCAAGGCAUGUGUGAAAUGGAAGAAUCAGGAACUGCCCUUCAGAGAAGCCACUCAGACCUAACCUGCAGCUGCAAACAGCAGACUUAUGCCACUCACAUAGAAACCAGUUCUACUCACUCCAGCCUAAACUCUUCUGGCUGUAGGCAUUGUCUGCCAGUGGCUAGAAUGUCUUUCCAAACACAAAGAUAUGGAUCAGAAACAAAUGAGAAUACAUCUCACUAUCAAAACCUUGUGACUCAUCUUCCAGUCCUACCUAGAGACCAGCAAGUACCCACAAAUACCUUUGGCAGUGGCAGUAUUCCACAUAACGCUACUGUUUACACAGAUCCUAGCACAUUUCAUGCUGCUGUUCUAGGACCCCACAUGCCUGGAAAUGGUUUCCCAAACAGGACAAUGUUCAGUCAAGCUCCUGGGAUUGUUCAUGGUGGUCUGACUUAUGGUAAUAUUCCAAAUUCUGUGUACUCCCCUAUGGUGAUGACGGUUCACAACAACUCUUUGGGGCCCUGCAGUCUCAGGCAGGAUGCCUUGAAGGCAGAUGCCACCAUCCCGGCCUAUUGCCACUCCUUGCCCAUCCCAUCCAUACAGCUCGUUCCACGGUUGGUGUGCUCUGUCAGUGAGACAGGAAAAGAGCAGGCAGCACCUGGCUACAUUAAUUCCUUUUCUGCUUCAGACAUUCUGACAUAUCCUAAGCUGGUGUCUUCAGUAAGUGAAUCAGGCCUGGAUGCCAAGAAAAUCCUGAAGUGCUGUAAUGUUCCUGGAGAGCAACUGCAACCUGCUCAGCAGGAGAGAGCUCCUCCAGAAGCCAAGGCUGCCCGUGUUGCCCUGAGCAGCCAGCAAGGUGCAGAUGUGGUAGUGACAACUAAGGAUAUGUGGACUAUGACCUCUAUGAAUGACAUAACCAAAGGCCUGAAACCAGCUCUGGAGCGCAGAGAUGCCGAGGUACAAACUCUUCCAACCGUGGAAUGCAAAUCGGUGGCAACAAGCCCAGCAGCUGCAGCAGAAGGUCACUCACAUAUGUUCCCAGAGGUGAACCUGGAGCAAGAUUUGGAGGCCCCCAAAUCUCCAGUUCGUGAAGUGAGAUGGGAUGAUGAAGGAAUGACAUGGGAAGUAUAUGGGGCAUCUGUGGAUCCGGAAGUUCUCGGGGUAGCCAUUCAAAAACAUCUCGAGUUUCAAAUAGAACAGUUCCAGACAGAGCCUGCUGAGGCAGCUGAGAAAAGUAAUGAGGAGCCACCCCCUGAAAAAACUGGGAAAAAAAGGCCUUUCAGAACAAUGAUGCAUUCCCUGAGAUAUCCAAGCUGCUGUGCUCGCUCCAGUACUGCAGUGGAGUGAGCACAGCUGUAGGGUGUAGGAUAGCUGUGCUGCUCUUAAAUUGUACAUAAAUGCUGACUCUUAAGUGUUAACACAGUGUAUGUGGACAGCCCACAUCAGGAUGAGUGGGUAAAGUUUAGUGGUCAUCAAACGUACAUUAAAGCAAAGAAAAGUCCAUGGCUGGACCAUAUAACAGAGAACAUAAGAUUAUGCUUAAAUAAUGCCAUCCAAAUGCUCUUGACUGUAUUUAAUGUAGCACUGUUUUCUUCUAUGUUAGUUUUAAACCGUAUUGUAAGGAAUGGAACUUCUUUUUCAAUGAUGUGUCUUUUUGAAAUAAUGAUGACUUUUUUUCUGUAUUUUAAUAAUUUAGGGUUAGAAAACAAAGUUUUAAAAUUAUGCUUUAAUCAAAGUUCUUUGCUUUCAAUCACAUUCCCUUAAAUUGUUUUGGCAGCUGUUUUGCUGUUCAUUUAAUAAUCCUGACUAUAAGCCCACUUUAACUGUAGACAAAAUAACAAACUAGUGUAAUGUUCUAUGAAAAAGAAUUGUAACUUUUUUCUACAUAACUGUGAAGUAAUUUCAGUGUUGCUAGUCUGAACUCUUCCCUUAGCAAGCUCAUGUACAGCUGGAGGACAUUCCAUCAACUUUCCAGUUAGUUUGUAUUUACAGUGAGUUACACUCUAAAUACCCAGAACUUAUGUUUACCAAGUGAUUGACACAAAUGUACAACGUGAAUUACUUACUGAAUGCUUGUUUUAGACACCUGAAAUGGGAGCUGUUCAGAUUAGUCUGUGGCAUCACCAUACCCUACAACUCACAAGCAGUUUUGGUUUGCUUAUAUUAAAAAUAAUUUCCGGUGAGUUCUUUUUAUGUGCAUCUCUCCUGAGCAGUGGUUAUUUGGCUCUUGCAUAAGCCACAGGGGACAGUUUGCAUGUAACCUUUGCCUGUCUUAUGUUUCCUCUCUGGUCUGACGUCAGGCAUCUACUGAAAGUGAGACCUUGUGUCUUCUCCAAAGGACAGUCCUAGGGUUAUUCUGAGUGCCUUGGUCAUUUGGGCAGCUUAAAGAUUUAUUUUCUUCUAAAAACAACUUCACAAACAAGUUAUCUGUGAGAAACCUGUUAAGAGAGUGUAAUGCAGUCAUGGUGCAUGGCCUGUUUUAAGUGAAAGAUUUGUCAAGGAAGGUGAGAAUAUUAUUUCCAGUGUCAUACGUGCCUUUGGUGAACACCUAAGAUUCUUGGGGGGAUGAGAUAUGCCAUUUUUUUUUUUUAAUGAGAGAGAAGAGAAACAUUCAUUUCUGUCUCAAAGGAAAAUUUGCAGUGCCUGAGAACUCACUGCUGUGGAGUUACCCACUGUUACUUCAAAUGUGUGUGGUUAUGCUUUGUUGGUUUGGUUUCAUUUCUGUUCCAGUAAGUUAGCAGACUGUCCUCAUAAUGUUCACCUGACAUUUGAUAUCAAGAGGAACCCCUGGUGAUUAAAACAGCUUUAAACUUU